UAAUGAGCAUCUGUGACUGCGUCUACAUGGAAAAAAUAUAAUUUAAAAAUUAAAUUCCUUCAAUAAAAACGGAAUAGCAGCGUCCGUCUUGAUUUGUCCCAGUACUUUCAUGAAAUUGUUCACCAAGGAGCGAGCGAGUAUCAGUACACACACGUAAGAAGUAAAACUUCUUUAGAUUGUAUUUUAUUGUAGUGUUUUUUAAAAACUAGUCCUAGUUUUAUAUAAAAUAAAAACACAAAUACUGCUUGACACAUGCAGAGCAUAUAUAUUAAUAAACUCUCGGUAAGUAACAUGAUCCCUAUCAAUAUGCAACGCUCGGCGACUAUUUUCGGCAUCUCCUGCGCCCGUGCAGAUCUUCGUAUACUAUUUUCCUCCUUUCUCACUCUGCUUAACUGAAUGGUAAUUAAAAAAGGAGUUUAAUGGAUUUGUUAGCUCUACGAGUUAACUCUCAUGUCUCAUGUAGUGUUUCAUAAAAAGUUUCACUUCAAUAAAUUGCUGAAAACGUUUGUGUAUCUUCAUGAACGAGUUCCUUUUGAUGUUAAAACGAUAGUUUACAGUAAACAUUAAUUAGUAAUUCAAUAGUUUUUAGCGGUAACAAACAAAAAUGUACAAGGAUUUUCAACAAAGUUUUACAAGACACCUUUAAAAGUGUUAGUAAGGAUUUAUUUCUACGUAAUAUUUGGUGGUUUGCUCGAGAAUAGUAAUGUUACGAAAAAAAGUUAUUUUUAUAAGGAAAAGCAUUUUCGAACAGUAUAGUUACGUUAUAAGGGUUGUUAAAUUUUGCUGUAUGUUGGGUUGUCUGUACAUUGUAGUAGCUGUAACUGGUCCGCUUCUUUGAGCUAACCCUAGAUAUAGAGAAUAAACUGCCCCAUAACAUCAACGACUCAAAUCAUAGAUAAGUAUAUAUAAAUAUAACCUAGUAAAACAAGUUAUAUGCGUCAUAUGAGUAAUAAAAUUUUAAAUAUGCAUUAUAAUCAGCAUAUAAGAAUUAUUGGUGAAAAAGUUAUAUUAGUUCCAUACCGAAGAUACCAUGUUGCUAAAUAUCACAAGUGGAUGUUAUCAAGAGAACUGCAAAAUUUAACAGCUUCAGAGCCAUUGACCUUAGAAGAAGAAUAUGAAAUGCAAAAAUCUUGGCAUGAGGAUAAUAAUAAAUGCACAUUCAUUAUUCUUGACAAAAAGCAUUUUCAAAACUGCGAUAACGAAGUUGAGUCCAUGGUGGGCGAUACAAAUUUAUUCUUUUUGCAUGAAGACAGUAGGAUAACUGCAGAGGCAGAAAUUAUGAUUGCUGAAAGUAAGGUAAGGGGCAGUGGUUUUGGUUGGGAGGCUGUUGUCUUAAUGCUGCUUUUCGGCAUAAAUUACUUAGGNUUGUAG